GGAAAAGCCACUGUAAUUGUGCAACUGCGAAGCAACGCAUCUUCUCUGGGCUGUCGACACGCUUUUAUAAUUUACCAAUUGCCACGCAACUACUUAUCUACGCCACUAUAAAUAAUGGUUACUUGCGCUAGCUAACUCACAACCAUCUUCAAGAAUGGAUGCAACCAAUUUCUUAUCCUCCAACACUACUUUUCUUCAACAGCCUGCAGGGGUUUCUUGCUUGUUCUCAAAAAAGCCCUAUAUCUUAAGCAUGGCUGGACGUAGAAGAUCGAAGGGACACGAUUAUGAGGGAAGGCUAGUGGAUGAGAACAUGAUUGUGCUGCGAAUGCGCAUCAAGGAGAAGAAACUGUUGGAGGCAAACUAUGAACCGCCUUCGAAUUGGAUGGAGUGGGAAAAGAAGUACUAUGUGCGUUAUAAUGAGGAUAUCUGCGAGGCAAUGGGGUUGUUGCAGAAUUAUUUGAUGAACAUUAGGCCGGGUUUCGCAUUAGGAAUAAUAGUUGUUCUAGCUCUGAGUGUGGCUAUUUCUACUGGAUUUCUCUUUUAUCAAUCCUUAGUGAUAACAAAGAUCAUCUUUUCUGGAUUUCAUUUGUUGUAAUCUUUUAGUAUAAAAUAAAGAAUUAUCCUUAACAGGUACCUAGCCACCAUAUAUACGGUUUUGUUUAGGUGUAACUCGGGGAUUCCAUAUGCUCAAGCUACCCUGUGGGAGCAAGACAAACUGAUAGUCAUUGUAGCUUGGUCUUCUUGUUGUUUAAAUCAACUGGGAAUAUAAUCUCAAAUGUAAAAUAAUUUAAAAGAA